CUCGAAGACCGGAAGCGGAUUCGGACUGGUUUGUUUACAGGCGCACAAGCUAGCUGUAUUUUGUGAGCUAUGGACGCGGUACAACGGCACAGAUCACUUUAUAAGGGUAAAACUCCACCAUGGAAGGAAACGUACAGAAAGCGUUGUGUGGAAAGGUUGAAGAACAGCCGGUCGAGGUUAUUGGAGAAGUACCGUCAGCUUGGAGACACCACAAAGAGCUCUGUGCUCGUCCAGGAAGUGAUGGAGAUGGAGUGGAGCCUUUUACAAUCAGCCAAUCAAAGACUGCCUUCGUUGUGGAAGAAAGAGCGACUCAGUGAGAUGUACAGAGAUCUGCAGGAAUAUGAUGAAUUGGCUGUUCUAGAGGAAAUCCAACAGGAGCUUGUAUCUCAAGAACUUUCCAUCAUUGAGGAAUACCACAAAAGUCUACAGUAUGAAGAAAAGUAUUUGGACUCUGUUGUGGAUGGAAUGGCGGAAGAAGAAAAGCUCAUCUGCCCUGUAUGUCAUGUGAAUAACCUGACUGUGAACAGCCAUUUUACAUCAUGUCUAUGUGGCCUGUAUAUUAACACGGUGGGAAGAAAUAUAACUGUGGAUGUGCUCCAGCAUCUGUUGGAGAUGAGAGUCACAGAACAUCUGGAAGAUUGCUUACAGAACCCCAUAUUCUCUGUAGCUUCAAACGAGGAUGGAGCACCUAACCUGCUGAUAAGCUGCAAGGUGUGUGAUUAUCUGGCCAUUGUCCUGUGAGUGACUCUGCUACAAUGGCCACUGUGUGCAUUUUAGUGUUUGUAUUUUAUUUCUGUGAAAUAAAGAUUAUUUAACAUUACAAUGGGCUGCCAUUUAUGUUU